AUGCUUUUUUUUCAGGGGGUAUUUCUCGUCUUCACCGUUUUAACUACUUGGGUAACAUGUUGGAUUAUGUUUGCUCGUCCUGACUGGCCGAUGGGUCGCGAAUGGGCUCUCCGUGAAGCACAUUUAGAAAUAGCAAGACGAGAAAAAGCUGGUUUACCUCUCAUCAGUCCAGACCUCCUACCAAGAGCACGUGUUAUGGCUUCACUCCCAGCUGAUGAGGAACUGCGCGAUUUCGACAUCUUGAUUUAA